AUGGCUUCAAUGACGCGAUGUCGCUGCGUGGAAGACGGUAAACCUGGUGCAGCCGUCAUCGAACACUACGCCAUGCGCGCCAGAGACGGCGUCGGCCUGAUCAUCGCAGAGGGGACCUUUCUAGGGCCCAACACGACCGCCUUCACACAUGCCCCUGUCAUGUUCCGCGAGGAUCACGCGGAAGCGUGGCGGAAGGUAACGGAUGCCGUGCACCGCGAGGGGGGCAAGAUCUUCUUCCAGCCGUGGCAUGUCGGCCCCUCCGGCAGCCCUGGAAACGCGCCUAGCACUGGGAAUGUGGCUGAGUUCGAGCGGCUUGACGACAUUAUCGGAGAGUACACAAAUGCGGUGAGCUUGGCUAAGCGGGCAGGCUUUGAUGGUGUAGAGCUGCUGGCAGGCGGAGCAUAUUUGAUCCAUCAGUUCAUGAUCAACUUUUACAACAGCCGCAGUGACAACUACUCCUACCACCCUGUCCAGAACCGUUGUCGUCUCGGACUUGAGGUCAUAGAUGCCAUUAUCAAAGCCUGGGGAACCUCGCGACGUGUUGGGAUCAAAUUCAGCCCGAGUGACGACUGGGCCAACGCAACACAGUCUUAUACCGAGUUGUCCGAGACCUACGAGUACUUCAUCCAUGAGCUGAUGGCUCGGGACCUCGCUUACAUCCACGUCAACCGCCGCGGAAGUGACAAGGAGAUACUCAGGCCCCGGGACCCUCGUCCAGCAAACAUGUUGCUCCCACCAGAUUGGGAGCCACUGCAUCAGUUCGGCCCCAUGAUCAAGAAACCUGAGAGCCGCACCGCGCUCACGGUAUCGUGCGAGUACGAGAUCGAGGAGGCCGCUGGACUGGUGCGGGAUGGGAAACUCGAUCUUGUGCAGCUUGGCCGGCCUUUCAUCUUUAACCCGGAUCUCAUCACUCGUAUUCGACACGGUCUACCGUUCGCCACCAACAAUCGCGGUCCCGCAGUCUACUACACUCCGAAUCUGGAGAACAUUGAUGAAGGGUAUAAUGACUGGCCGUUCGCGGAGGAUUUGAAGAAUUGAUGAUGCUAUAACUUCGUCUCCCGGAGGAUUGUACUUAGGGAUAUUUGCUUUCGUAAAUACCAAGUAAGACGGGUCGAUGGAGCUGGUCUGAACUCUGCACUUCCUCUCUUCUUUUUCUUCUUUUUUCUUCUUCUGUCGCAGCUUCUAUGGUAGUAAUAAUAAAGAAUCGAUAUAGCCUCUUUACGAUAUAGAACUUCUAUUGAUCUC